UGGAAAACAGCUAGACUUGCAUCACUGGUUAUAUUCUGAGACGGACGGUUGGAGCCCGGCGAUAAUAAUUUAAAACUACCUUUUCAACAAGACGCACCUGAAAAAUCGCCGGGAAAAACGCUGCGGGAAAUACGUUGUAUUUAUUGUAAAAUACUUGCAGGAUGAUAUUUCAAUAGAACUUCCGCAAGCUCAGCUUGUGCGGGUAGUGUCCAUAAACAAAAAAAAAAAGAAAAAAAGUCGCGUCGCGAUGUUGAACGAUUUUUUGGCCAAAAGAAUUUGGUAAACAAACUCGCUGAUAAGAUAUUUAAUUGCAAAUAGCGGGAAUCUGUCGUUUUGGUAGUACCGUGUGAAAAGUGUAUCUGCAGAGCGGAUUAAAACUGGGCCUUAUUAUCGUGUGCGCGUGUGUGUUGGUGUUGCUGUGUGCGUGUUUGCGUGGGCCCACAAGCCGUAGCCCCAAAAAAAAAGAAGUUUUUCUGUUACCAUAUAUUUUUUUUUUAUAUAAAAGGGCCAAAGGGCGCAGCAUCUUGGCGAGAGCUCUUCCUUCCCCUCUCUCUCUUGCUCUCUCUCACUGUACCCAUUGUAUGGGUUUUGCAACUUACAGUUAUUGUGUAAACAGCAGGUGAAAAUAAACCAUUAAAGAAAAAUAGAAUAAAAGGAGUAAAGAGAGAGAAAGAGCCAACAAGAAGAAGAAGAAGAAGAAGCAUCAGGCAACUCCGCGCAGACCCCAAAAAAAAGUGACGCAUAAUAGAGGUUGCUAAUUACCAAAGGAACAACGACAUGGAGCUGGAGCCGCGUGUGGCUAUUCUGCAGGACCUGCGCCUGCAGACAUUUGAUUCCAUUCGAUUCGCCUCCUAUCGCACCGCCUCCAAGCUGCGCUACAUACAGAAGUCGACGAAUCUCCAUUUGGUGGACAUUUGGAAUGUGAUCGAGGCGUUUCGGGAGAACGGACUGAACACCCUGGAGCCGCAGAGUGAGGUGAGCGUGGCUCGGUUGGAGACGCUCGUCUCAUCCUUGUACCACAAUCUCAACAAAAGGCUGCCCACAGCCCAGCAGGUGCCGGUGGAUUCAAAGGCGGGCCUCUUGCUCAAUUGGCUCUUGGCCGCCUACACAAGUGAUAACUCUGGGAAGAUACGCGUUUUCUCCAUCAAAGUGGCUUUGGCCACCAUGUGCUCUGGCAAGCUUGUGGACAAGCUUCGAUACAUAUUCUCACAGAUCUCGGACGGUGCUGGCCAGCUGGUGGCCUGGAAGCUGGGCGAAUUCCUGCGCGAGGUCCUGGCCUUGCCGGCGGCCGUGUACGAGUCACCCACAUUCCACUACAAGGAGGGGCUCGAGGAGGAGAUAUUUCCGGCUGAGAAUAAGGUGACGGUGAACGACUUCAUGGCAACGCUGAUGUCCGAGCCGGGUCCGUCCUGCCUCGUCUGGCUGCCGCUGGUGCACCGGCUGGCCACCGUGGAGACCAUUGUGCAUCCGACUGUCUGCUCUGUUUGCCACAAGGAAAACUUCACAGGGUUUCGUUAUCGCUGUCAGCGGUGCCACGCCUACCAGUUGUGCCAGGAGUGCUUCUGGCACGGCAAGACAUCGCUGAACCACCAAAACGAUCACGAGGUCAAGGAGUACUCGAGCUACAAGUCGCCCAGCAAACAGAUCGGUCACUCGCUGCGCAAGAGCUUCCGCUGUGUGCCCGAGAAGACGACGCAGGUCCUUCCGCGCUUCCCCGACCAGCCGGAGAAGACGCUCAAUCUGUCGCACAUUGUGCCGCCCUCGCCGCUGCCCUCGCACAACGGCUUCUCGGAUCCCUCGGGCCCGGGCCUCGUACCCGGCCACCAUGGCCAUCCGCCAGGCCUCUUCGAUCGCUCCAGCACCCUCGAUUCGCGGGCCACCGGCCGCAGUCUGGACAGCGCCACCGGUACCACCAUGUCCCGCGUGGCGGCUGCCUCCGCCAACGAUGAGGAGCACCGCCUAAUUGCCCGCUAUGCUGCUCGUCUGGCUCAGGAAAACCGAGCGCCCUCCAACUUGCCCGACAAUGCCACACCCAUCGGCACGGAUAACUCGCGAGCCCAGCGGGAACUGAUCGCCCAACUGGAGUCCAAGAACAAGGAGAUCAUGCGGGAAAUAGCGCGGCUGAGGCGCCAACAGGAGACAGAGCAAAUGGCCCCGGAGAAUCCUGCUCUGAUCAACGAGCUGCGUGCCCUGCGGCAGCGGAAAGGAGAGCUGGAGGGCCACCUGGGCGCUCUGCAGGACUCGCGGCGUCAGUUGAUGGAGCAACUGGAGGGACUGAUGCGAAUGCUGAAGAACCAACAGACCGCCUCGCCCCGAUCCACACCGAACUCAAGUCCCCGGUCCGGCAAGUCCCCACCAAUGCCCGGUGGCGGAGGAGGAGUUGGCAUUCUGGGCACCUCACCGAUGAGUGCGCUGCACGCCCAGCAGAUGCAGCAAAUACCGAUGGUGGGUGGCGGGCCGGGCGUGAGAGCCACCCAACAGCAACUCCUCCAGCAACAGCAGCAGGGACAUGGCCACGGAUCCUUCAGCCAGAGCCAGCUGGAGCAGCUGAACCAGAUCAGCAGCGAUAUGCGCAGCGCCUUUGCCGCCAACGGGAGUGCAACGCCACCGCCAAUGCGCACCACCACCACAGCCACUGCCAAUGUCAGUGCCAUUCCCAGCCUAAAUCCGAACAUGAAUCUAAAUACGAUCUCGACUCAGAAUCAGAAUCAGAAUCAGACUCAGAAUUCGAAUCCUGGGGAUGCGGAACUCAAUGAGGCCGCCGACCAUCUAACGUCGGCCAUUUCGCACAUGGUCAGUGACCUGAAUGCAGGACGGGCAAGGGCUCCGGCUCCGGUCCAAGGGCAUCAGGCAGGUGGUUCCUUGCCGCAGGCGCGCUUCAUCCUGCCACUGGAGUACCGACACAUCGAGGGCGGCGGCGGCGGCGAGUCCGAGGACUCGAGUCAGUGCGAGUGCAACGACUGCGAUUGCCGGGAGUACGAGGAGAUCUUCCGCACCGACGAGGAUCUCGAGUGUGAGGGAGCAGCGGCUCCAUGUCGGGAUCUGUGCACCUUUGUCCCCGAUGAGGAUCACUUCGAUUAUACGUUCGGGCAGGGCGAGGAGAUGUCGCAGGUGAAUCGCAUCCUGGGCUACAGGAACUAUCCGGAACUGUUUAUCGACGAUGAGCAGGCCGGCUUUCCGGCCCUGCACGAGAUCGGUGAGACAAUCGAUGAACUGCAGCUGAUCAUGCACGCUUAUAUCAUGAAGUAUAGUUUGAAUUUAUAAACUGACUUCGUCGUAGGUUACUUACCAACUAUAGACUAUAGACUAUACUCUCCGAUCAGGUAAAAUAUUUCAAAUCUUCUUGCCUCUAGAUCUCAUCUUAACUCGCUCGCCGCACGACUUAUCUCCAAUCCAAUCCACUCCACUCCGGAAGGUAGAUCUGUAUAGUGGUCUGGGCUCUGUCACUCUGUUCUAUCCAAGAAACUAGUUCUCUAUAGAUCUUCAUCAUCAUUGCUGCACCCAGAAUCGUAUCUCGAUCUCUAUCUCGAUCUCAGUCAGUCCAUUCUAGUUAGAUAGAUCCUAGAUUUGAAUCACGUUGGCUGCUUGACUCAAAGGAUUCGAUUAAAUUGUCUGAUUUUGCUUUAAUCCUGUUAAGAAAAACCGUAUGUUCACCGCUAUCUUGAUACAAUUUCAGAUUUCGACGAAUCCCAAUCGUAUAACCAAGAGUGGAACGAAAAGGCAAAUGCGAAUAGCCAAUGGCAGGAGCAGUUUGCCCAAUGGAGUCUUAAUUCCCAAAAGAACUAAGGAUGAGGAGAUAUCCUUGGCCACAACACCCGAUCCCCCGGAGGCAGCUGAUGACCGAUGAAGACGAACUCUCGCUUAGCUUUUUACCUUAACUCAUACGUUGGACUUAGAGCAAUUUAUUUAUUGAUUAUUUUAUGGAGCCGUAGCCUACACUACCUUAAUCUUUAUUAUUUAUACUUUGAGAAUGGUAUUUGGUUUAAUUUUUGAAGAAAAUGAGUAUGAAUAUAGCGGAUAUAUUCGCCAGAUCUAAACCUUGAAUCUCGUUGAAACUUUUGAUGAUCGUACUGCUGAAAGGCAAUAAGAUGAUUAGUUUUAGGUUUAAACUUUAAACUUAAAACGAUUUCGUAAUUGGCUUUUACAAUUUUUGAACGCCCGCUCCCCGCUCAGCCGGAUAUUUAUUCCCUUGAAACUUUACAAAUCGAAAAAAUCAAACACGUAAUGCGUAAUACAAAUACGAUUUAGACAUUUAAAUAUGUACUUAAUAACUAGCAACUUGUUGAAAAUCUAAAAUCAAAUUCUAAAUGCUAAAAAUUAUACACAAUAUACACAUUUUAUGAUACGAUAAAGCCAAUAACUAUUUGAACAAAAAAAAAAAAUAAAUAAAAUGAAAAACAAAAAACAAAAACCCAAAUGUUAAAAACUAAAAACUAUAAGCGAACCGUAACGUUUCGCUUCGAUCCAAUUUAUAUAUUAUUACCCAUAUUUAUAAAAUACAUUCAUACAAGAAAAGUUAUACCAUCGUAAAUGCAUAGAGCACGAGAUAGAUGAAAUCCGACAUUUAUAUAGCGUAUACAUACCUACUGAAUAAUAUUACAAAAUGAGAAAAACUAAAUAAAAAUGCAUUUUAAACAAUCACAA